AUAAAUUUGCUAUUAUCUUAUGACUUAUUUGGCCGUUGCUUGGUAUAUAUAAGAUUUAAGUCCAGCAUUGGGCAGGUCUCUAUUUUGAUUUGACGGACAAAGACGCAGUCGUAUUGCUGUAGAAACAAUAUGUGGAUUGCAGUAAUAGCAGGUGCUUGUAUCAUACUUAUCAUCACUAUACUGUUUUUCCUGAGGGCUACAACCAACGGGACCUCGCUUCCUUUAUUCAGGGGACUCAGGAUGAGACGCUGGGUGGAACCCCGUGACACUGUGACAUGUCAAAGAAUCGUGGAUGACAUGAGGCGUGUGUGUGUAGAGUCAGUGGGUUCAGUCCCCACACACCCCAUGUUACACGGAGAUAUGGAGGCCUUGGGGAAGAGGAUUGUUAUGAUUAUCUAUCACCACCACAAACCAGUCAUGUUUAAUGCAAUUUUGAAGGCUGACGGUCUGGUAGGGUACGAUGUUCCAAUUUUCCACGUCGGUCUGGUGAUGGUAGUAAACAAGAUGAAACGCAAAGGUCUCCAGAAAUUCUCAGUGCUUAACCUAUUCCUACUUUUUCUCAACUACCGCAUUGGAACAUUUCAACUGACAGACUAUGGUCGCUCUGCUAGUGGUCUCCGCCUAGCUAACGACUAUCUGGACAACCCAUACCCGAACUACAGGAAACCUGAUUUGACGCCAAGUUCAGAGCAGGUGCUUGUUGCCAAGCACGUGAUCCUGAAGCACAAACCAGACCUGGGUGUAGGCCCAUCUACAAGACUUAAUGUCCAAUCUUUCGUGUUGGAAAAUGCUCUGACAGAGGAAGAAGGCGGCUCGGCACAGCUAGUUAAUGCAAUGCAGGACGGAAGGAGUAAAAAAGAUGAAAUCAACACAUUUUUGUUGUCACGUGUUGGUGACAGACAGUAUGAUGUGUUGCUCUGUAUCGGGAAAGCAAGUAUCAUAAGCGCAAUCCUAACUCUGGGAAAGAGGUUUCUGAAGAGAGAGAGGGUUUAACUUACAUAAAUUUGGCUGAACGGCUUGGGUUAUAAUAAAGAUGUUCUAUAAUAUUAUGUACCAUGGAUGUAUUUUUUGUUAACACUGAGUAAAUCAAAAGUGUCUUCAGGACAUCUAAUGAUGUAAUCAAUUCAUAGAUAAAGUCAUAGAACCUAGUUUGCAUUGAAUAAAACAAAGUUAAAGAAGCUUUA